AUGGAAAACGGCUCCGCGUCCGAGGGCAAAGAUCCCUCCGCAUUCCUCGGCGAAAUCACCGGCGCCCCCGUCACAGUGAAGCUGAAUUCCGGUGUGGUAUACAAAGGAGAGCUACAAUCCGUCGAUGGGUAUAUGAAUAUCGCGCUGGAGAAGACUGAGGAAUACGUCGAUGGAAAACUGAGACGGAGCUAUGGCGAUGCUUUUGUGAGAGGGAAUAAUGGUAUAGAGACCUUUUCUUUCCUUUUACCGUUUAUUUAUCAUUGA